AUGGAGUUCAAAGGGUUAAUUUUAAUUAAGCUUCUCUUGCUUCUUCAAUUAUCAGUUCUAUGUCUUUCACAGCAACAAGAUUUUGAUUUCUUCUACCUUGUUCAACAGUGGCCAGGAUCAUUCUGUGACUCAAAGAAGAGUUGUUGCUAUCCAACUACCGGAAAACCUGCUGCUGAUUUUGGAAUUCAUGGUUUAUGGCCUAACUACAAAGAUGGUACUUAUCCAUCUAACUGUGAUCCCAAUAGUCCUUUUGAGGAAUCUGAGAUAUCUGACCUCACAAGUAGUUUACAAAAGAAUUGGCCCACACUUGCAUGCCCAAGUGGUGAUGGAAUUCAGUUUUGGACACAUGAAUGGGAGAAACAUGGAACUUGCUCAGAAUCAGUUCUUAAACAACAUGAUUAUUUUGAAACAACUCUCAACUUGAAACAAAAAUCCAACCUCCUGGACGCUCUUACGAGUGCAGGAAUAGAAGCCGAUGGAAAUACAUACAGCUUAAGCAGUAUCAAAGAAGCUAUAGAAAAGGGAGUUGGGUUUACUCCAUUCAUUGAAUGCAAUGUCGAUUCAUCUGGUAACAGCCAGCUAUACCAAGUUUAUCUCUGUGUGGAUACUUCUGGAUCAAACUUCAUUCAAUGUCCUGUUUUCCCCCAUGGAAAAUGUGGAUCUGAGAUUGAGUUCCCAACUUUUUAA